AUGGAAACUUCUUCGAUGGAAACGGACGAAGUUAUGGUCGAAAAUCCAGUUGAAGAGUCCGAAAAGCUUUGUGAAAUCGCGCCGGUUGAAGUUUCAGAAACUCGUGUUCAAAUGCCGGAAAUAGAAAAAUCGCCGAUACCGCAAGUGAACGUACUGGAUCUUACUAAACUAAACCCCGAAGUUCAGCAGGGCUACCGCGUCUUCAUCGAAAUGUCGGCAGACUCUUAUAAGAAUGUAACUUGGCCAUUUUUGGAGCCCGUAGAUGCCAAGGCACUUGGCCUGUGGGACUAUCAUGAAAGAGUGAAGGAACCCAUGAGCUUCAAGCAAAGUCAGUCGAAGUUUUAAUUAAUUUAUUACAACACUAACUGUAACAAAUUUAAACCUUUCACACCUCUGAAAUUUCGCAUUUACCGAGCUGCCCUAAAUAACUUUGACAUUUUGUUACAGACGAAACGUUAUUUUAAAUUCAGAUUGGAAAAGGUAUUUGACAUGAAAAAAAAGAAAUCUUCUCCCAUUUAUUCACGUUUAUGUUUACAUUUUGUUGGCGUAGUGAAAUUUCUGUCUCGUCGUUCUAAUUUUGACCAGAGCGCUUUCCCUUUCAAAAUCAAAAGUUCACAUCUUGAGUUAUAGUUGUUAACCUUCAUAUUGCUUUUAAUUGUGCAUUUUAAGUUCACAGUUGGUAAUGUGAGCAUUAUUUUUAGCAGUCACUCGAAUUUUGAUCUAAAAAAAACCUCUACGUUACGUAAAUCUGUUAUGAUAAUUCUGUUUUCAUCUUUAAAGGUGCAUUCAGAUCACUCCAUCUUCGCCUUGUCAUCAUAAAUUCUUAUAUCUGCUUGCUCCACAAUUUUUUUAUUUGGGUAAAAAAACCAAAAGGUAUAAAAUUUGAAAUUUAUCUGAUCAAGGGAAUCCCCAUAAAUAUCACAUGGUUUAUCGGCACGAUAUUCUUCCAUUAAAGCAAGUUCUGUUCUCUAACUAGACCAAGUUUGUCUCAUACAUGGUUUGAGUAACAUUUAAAAUGAACACACAUUUAGUGUUUUUGUUGUAAAGACAGUGAGUCAACAUAUGUUAAAAAAGUUUAACAAUUCUCUAUACCAAACUUCUCUAUAAUGUUUGGAAAAGUACCCUGAUUUAGGGCACCUAUCUUAGAAGAUUUCUUAGUCCCUGGCAAUCUGUUUAGCCACCUACAGUUACUUUAAGCUCUGAAAAAUUUCAGGAAUAUUUAUAUUAGGCAGCAGAAACAUAAAUUGCUUUCUAUUUAUGUUUGAAAGAUGUUGUUGGUAAAAGAGAUAUGAUUAUUUUUCUGAUUCUUUUCCAGCAAAGUGACCUCUAAUUUUCUCAUUUUCAAAAGUUCUAAGGAAAUGCAGCAACUAGUAAUUUUGGUCAAGUGAGACCUAUUAAAAUUUUUCAAAACUUUUUUUUCAUCUUAAGUCACCUGAAACUAAACUAAUCUAUCAUUUCAACUUUUAUAUUGUUUCUAAUUUUCUUCCUCUUUUGUUGUAGUUGGUGACAAAUUUAACAAGUAUGAAUAUAGGAGCAUCACUGAGGUUAUAGCAGACAUUCGUCUUAUUUUGGAGAACUGUUACCGCUACAAUGGAUCAGAUCACUGGGUGUCCAAACUUGGCCACAAGAUGGAGAAGAUACUGGAACAAAAGUUGGCUUUGCUGAACAGGUGAUUAUGCAUAAAAUGACCAUUCUAUUUUAUUAUUAGUUUAAAAGAGUUAUCCAGAAGCACUGAUGGCCAGCAUUUUCAUAGGCUUCUUGUUUCUGAACUGAUGGCUACCUUUAUACAUACACAUUAAAAUACCUGUCUUGAUCUGAGGUAAACUUCAAACUAUUACAGCUUUUGUUUUUAUGGCUGACCACUAAAAAAUUUCUGAAUAACACUAAGUUUAGUUGACUCGUAUACUUACCGCAAAUCCUAAUUUCCAAACACGUAGCCUUCUUGUAAUGAUAAUGAUAAUAAUAUAACAACUUUGUUUUACCUUAUUUCUGGUUUUAGAAGCCCUUUUGGAGUUUGAAGAAUCACUUAGAGGCAGAAUCAAUUUGAGAAAUGUUUAUGUUUUUUAAAUUUUAAUUGUAGGUCCUUAAGAGACAAAGUGAGUUUGGAGGCCACCAUGGCAUUGAGGAGUGACUUUGUUCCUACAGAAGUUUCAGAAGGUAAUAAUUUAUACUGUCUAGGCAAUCUUUGACGAGUGUUGCUACUGUACAAUGAAAGAGUAUAGGUCUACUUAAUAAGCAAAUUUAUAGACAAGCAUGAGACUUAACAUUGAUAUAGAACCAUCAAAAAAAUAAUGUGUCAUUGGUCGUUGUGAUAGAUGUACCCCAGUGUAAAUGUGAAUAAAAGCCAGGGUUAAGGUAUUAAUUGUCAAUUACACUGGUAUCAGAGUAUUCUUAGGGGUGAAUUUCUUUUGGGGAUAUGUAGAUAUUUUAUCUUUAAUAUAUGUAUAUAUAUUUUUCUCUUUUUUCCAUUGUUUUAGGGGCAACUGGACGUAGACGAGCAACCCGUGUCUCCUAUGUCAGCAUGAUAAAUGGUGAAGAAUCAUCCUCUUUGCUUACACGGCUAAAGAUUCAGGAAGAUUUAGAGGAACGUGAGCGCCGUCGAAUACGUGAGAAGGAGAAAAAAGAGGCCAACUUGGUAUUGCUUCAGGAUUUAGCAGAGUGGGAGGAGAAGGAGCUGGAUCCUGAUAUGAUUAAACAGCUGCAUUCCAUGUGGGAGGUAAUAGUCGUGAAUUUGAAAGAAUAAGCAGUAAUUGUGUGUGGCUACAGCAAUGAAAACUCCUCAGACAAGUGGUGGAAUCCUUUAGCACCCAUCAUGGGCUAGCAAAUCUUCAUCUAUAGGUGUUUGUGUUUGAUCUAUCUGCCAGUCAAUGUCAAUUUGUUAAGUCCUGUUAUACAGGCUUCUGACAUACCAAGCAGUAUCACAUUUUGUGCAUCUUGAACGAUGUGGCUCCAAUUGUUCAGAUCAAAUAUUUGCUAAAUUUGUCAUCCCUUUUCAAUCUUUAAGCAUUUUCAUUUUCAAUCUAUCAUUACCUCCCUUAUAAGUAUUUUGUUACUCAAUGUUAACAUUUUGCAGUUUCUUAGAAUUUGAAUAUAGUUUAAACUGUGGUAUGGUGCUUGAAAAUUCACAAAGUACAUGUAGCUGCUUUGAGCAAGUUCCUGAUUAUCAAGAUCAAGCAAUGUACAACUUUUGAUACUGAUUUUGUUUUUCUUUUCAACAGAUUCCUUCAAUUGCUAGCCUUUUAUUUCUACUGAAAGAUUUUCUCUGCAUUCAAGACCUUAGUGUUACUGAGCUUGAGCUUAGCUUUAUUUAUGCCAGUAAAUCUUCGUUACUGGCCAGAAUAUUUACAGCUCUGUUGAUUACUCCACACCAGCGGAAAAGGUGAAACAUUUCUAUCAUUUUCAUGCGUGUUUUUUACAAUUUACUGUCUAUCGGUAUAUUUUUGGUAUGUAUGUCUUUUAUACUGGUACGAUUUUCUGUUAGGCUUAAGAUAUUUGAUUUUCUGGUAGCAUUUAAUCUGUCUAAUAUUUAGCUUUUCAUUUACCUUGCAAAAUUCAAAAUAAUGUAAUACAUUAUUUAAUUAUUCACUUGAUUAUUCUCUUAUGUAGACACAGGGUUUAACAUAAAGAAAAACUACACAGUGUAUGCCCCUGAAAGUAUAUCAUUGCUCUCUUUUCCAUGAAUGGGAUACAUGAAUUUAUGAUAUUAAUCUGCAUUUGAGAUCCCACUAGUACAUAACCUAACCUCACAAAAACUGUCUUCAGAAGUCCAUUCUGACACAUGUUUUGAUUAUUAAUUUUCUGACUGGAAAUGUUGUCUUUUCAAGUCGACUGUUAUCAGAGGUUUUGUUAAAGCUGAAUGAAAUUGAUUGAAUGCUACAAGGAUUAGGGUUGAACUCUAACACACAUUUUGAUCUCUUUUAUGUAGCUUGUUCAAAAAGCCUCCAAUGAAAUUCAAAUUGUGGGAAUCCAAGCUAUGUGACAGAUUAAAUAGCUGGUACAAAGCCACUGAGAAGGAUGGCCAAGUACUAGUAAGUUCUAGUCAAACUGUUACUUACAGCACAGUUUUUUACUCUGCCAUCAGUCCUUACUUGGGAAGGCUGUUGGCUUUUGGAUUGGCUUUUGGAUUGGCUUUUGGAUUGGCUUGGUCUUUUUGUUGCGGUCUUGGGAAAGACACUUUACUCUUACUUGCUUUUUUCCACACAGGAGUAUAAUCAAAGAUAGGAAAACUUUCAAACUAUGAUGGAAAUUUGACAAUGUGUCUGGGGGAAGGGGAAGGGGGAGUUAUGUGCCAUGGAUUAGCUUCCUACUUGGGAAAAAUUGUCAUAUUCCUAGUCUCCUUCUGCGACAGAAACCAAGGUCAAGCCUCGUCCUUUAUGAACCUCCUGACCUCUAAGAGUUUGAUUUCCCUUCAUGCUUUUUUUUGCAUGUGCAUCUUCUCACGCAGGCAAGGCCUUUUUUUAUCCAACUGCUUUUUUAAUCUAUAUGGCACACUGUUUUUAAUGAAAUAAUCAAAAAUCCCAUAGAGUGUCCACUGUGUAUGCAGUAUCUUCAAAUAGAUAGAUCUGUAAAACAGUAUGUAUCUACAUGGGCAGUUCAUUCUUCCCCAGGACAACUCUUUUACAGAGAGGACUCACACCGAGGAAAGGACCAUUGGUGCAGUGAUGAUAGUUCUUAUCCACCCCUCCUCCUUAAUUACUAACUUGUUUACUGUGGCCCAUUAUCCCUUUUUUCUAAUCUGACCUGGUAACAAUUAACAUGAAGAACCAACUCCUUGGAUAUGACAGUGUGCAAACCCUGUCUAUUAUUGAUAUUUAUUGAGUUUCUUUAUUAUUUACAUGAUCUCUGAUUUAAUGUUGUGCAAAACUCUUUGUUCAGUUUGUUAAAUUUAUUUAUUUAUCUGUUUCUUCAGACUUGCCACCAGUGUGGUUUGGAUUUGGCCAUCUUUCAAGUACUGGGUGAGUAUGUUUCAUCUGCAUUGUAAUGUGUUCUACUUAACAAAUAGAUUCCAAGUUGCCAUGCAUCUGUUCAGUAAUAGAUCACAGAUGACGUCAAAAUUUAGUAAGAAAAAAAAAGUGGCAUACAAGGCGCAGCGGAGUGUGUCACUGAUGUUCUCACCACAUUUUGACGUCCUCUGUGAUCUAUUACUGAACAGACGCAUGGCAACUUGGAAUCUAUUUGUUUUACAUAAUAAAGAAUUUUAAAAAGUUUUAAUGAUGACAUCAUCUAUAUGUCUGUCCUCCAAUAGAUCAUAGGUGAAAACCAAUCAGAAUGUGUGCAUAACUGAGCUUAUUAUAUAAAUACACAUACAACUUGUACAACAUUUUACAUCAAUGAUAGUAGACCUGUGCAUUAUAAUGAUUGUAUUCAUUGUUUUUAGGUGAUGCAAAUCCUUUACUGGAGAAGUCAUUCAUGGACCUAACUCUGCAUCAGCGAGUGUGGAUUCUUAAAUGUGUCUGUGACAACAGUUUGGUAAGACUAGCCUGAACUGGAAGAAAAUUCAAUGAGAUUAACUACACCUUAGAGUCAGCUACAGGGCUAUUUAAUGCAAAUAUUUAGGCUGUGUUCAUGUCUCUCCUUCAUUCAUUUUUGAUGGUGCAUAACCAAUAACAAUAAAACUUUGCUGAUUUGUAAAGCCACUUUCAGGGACAAAAAUCAGUUUAUACUUUCGAACAGUUCUUUUAAUGUGCAGAAUAACACUAUGGUUUGUACCAUUCUAAGACAUUCAAUGCUGUGCGUUUGUAGGUAAUAGUUCAUGGAAUCGUGAUAGAACAUUGUUUUGAGGGAAAGGGGCGGAAAGGUGAACUUAGUAAGGGACAAAACAAAUAAAAAUGAAGUAAUGAGAGGUUAAAAAAGUCAAUGUGUCAACAAUUUUGUUGCUACUUUUUGCUUAAAACCUCGAUGUUCUUCCAAUUUGAGCAGGAAUUAUUUUCACCUCAAUGACUUGUAACAUUUCUUUUCUUUUUAGAGUAAAAAUCAAAACAUAGGAAUUCUUACAUGUAAAUACGUGUAAUCCAGUUCAUUCCUUAGUGGUUUAAUGGCUAUGCAGUAACUUAAUGUGUUGUUAUUGUCCUAGGUGAGAGACUAUGAUUUACGCGAUCAUCUAUCAUCCAUUGCUGCAACUGAACAACGAGAAAUGUUAUUGGGAAAUGAUGCAGACAACUGCACGUAUCUGUAUUUUCCAGUCUUCUCUGCUUCUGACUUGCGCAUCUACAAGCAGUGUCCUUUAGAAUUUCCAUCAUUAAACAAAAGAAAGAGAAAGGUAAAACAUACAUUUUAACUCCUUUAGAAUUUUUUAAUCCCAGUAUCACGUGCAACUUUAUCGAGAACAGUUGCCUAUUACACCCUCUGCAGCCACUUAUGGAAAAAGUUAUUGAAACCUGUUCACUGACAACAACCUUAACCCUUUAACUCCCAAGAUCACAUUAGUAAUUCUCCCUACAGUCUGCCAUAAAAUACUUAUAAUUUCAAUUUGGAGAAUUUGGCAUUGGAUCAACUUGUAGUCCCCUAAUUGAGUCUUCCUUUUUUAUUCUCCUCACUUGUCUACUUGAUUCCGUGUUGAUAUUGUAAGGAGAAAUUCUGUCCUGGUCACUCAUGGGAGUUAAAGGGUUAACAAUAAAGAAGACUGUAUUAAAUAAUAAUGAUGACGCAACUCCCUUAACAGAAAUCUUCUCUUUCAUUACAGGUGGCGACGCCCCAACCUCCUCCCCCUCCCCCAUCGACAACAAAGUGCAAGGCAACUCCAUCACGACCUGACACACCCACCCGAGCCAGGAGAGAUACAAGACUUAGACAGGUAGGGAAGGCCUUUAAGUUACCAAGAUUUUCUAGUCAAUGCCUGUGGUUAAUUGUGUGCGAUUUUUACAGGAAUGUACCUACUGUGUUUGUACAGUCCUGAAAUCUGCAAGGAGUAAGUUAAAACUUGCAAACUGGUUUUUAAGAAAUGAACAAAGGAUGGGAAAUAACGAUUAAGUCGAAAAACGUCGAAGACUAGAGUUUAUUUGCCAGCUGCAACAAGACCUUAAUUCUUGGAUGAAGUCUACGUAAGAUUGCUCCGGUUUCGUAGAUUAUUUAUUUAAGUUGAAUCGUGAAUGACCAUAAUAAUUAGGGGUUUUUUUUUGGGUUUUUAUCUAGCUUCGAAGUAAGUCGCCAUCACCCGAACCGGAAAACGAAAAUCUACUAUCACCGCCUCCAGAUGAAGAAGUAAAAGAGCCAAAGAACACAAUUGCAGAAGGGUUUGAACUUUCUGCCAGUGAUGUUGAAUCUCUCAAGAAGCUUUGUGAGCAGUUUGAAGAACCACCCCCUCCUCCCAAGAAACGUGGUAGAAAGCCUAAGCCCCCACCCCCAAGGAAGCGAUGCGAGGUUGAACUGCACCAAACUCUGUUUGGUUUGCUUGAAGAACUGGAGAAGUAUGAGAUGUCCUUCAGCAAGUUGACGAGUAAAGCAAAGAUAAAGAUUAUGAAGGAAAGUCAAGAACCUGAGCCGGUUGAUGAACCAGGUACGGACUCCUACUUGGCAAAACAAUUGUUCAGUCUUCUCCAAUUCCAACGUAUUUAUGUGGAGCUUGAUUGACAUUGUGUUUGGUAAACGCCACCGUUGGAAGUGUAUUUAGUUAGUAUCCUUGGUUCUGCCCUUUUUUCUAAUGUUACAUAGCACAUGAUUUGCAUCGUGGACUAACAUUCGAUGAUGUAGCUUCAUACUCCAAGAUGACGGUAUUCCUACAAGGACUACUGUUUAUGACACGGACUGACUUGUCGGAAACCUUGACGAAAUGAACUGGCCGAUGUCAACUAAGGAGUUUUUUGGUCGAAUCUUUUUUGUCAAAUUUUGUAUUCGUCUAAUUCUUUAAGAACCAUAUUGUCCUUGAUGGCGUUUGCACAUUCUCUGUAAGUUUCUGAGCAAAUGAGGAUCUUUUUGUGUUAUCUUUUCGCGGAGGUUUUCCAGUUUCACUGAUUUUACGGUUAAUUUUUAUUUUUCCCCUUCAGAAGAGGUAACACAAGCCGGAGAAGCUGAAGAAUGGGGCAGCGAAGAGAGCAUUGAAGAGGACAUUCAAGACGCUGGUGCUCAGAACAUGUCCAGUGACGAAGACUUUGUUCUGGACGAUGAAGAAAACGAGAAAAACAAAGGGGCAAGUACUGAGCAAGCGUCCAAUAGUGCUGAGAACAGUGACAACAAAGGUGACGCGGAAACACAAAGUGUGCUUCCGCUGAAGAGAAAAGCUGACGAUGCAAAUAUUGCCGAGGGUAGUGAACAAGCUGCUGCUACCAGUACAUGCGUGGACGGAGAUGAUGAUUCGUGUUCCAUUGCCAUUCAAACGACUCCUCCCAAGCUGAAAAAGAAAAGAAGGAAGCAGUCUCUUGUCGCCGAAAACAAACCUACUGCUAUGUGUCAGACAGGGACUAGUAUUGAGUCUCAAACAGGAGCUGCGGGCGCCUGCCAGAAAGGAACUGUAUUAAAUAAGCGGAAUGUCGUCCACAUCCCAGCUGGAAUGAAAGGUGUUCAAGAGAAGAAAACAGUUACCCCACCAGUAAAAGUUGCUACCGCCGGAAAUGCAGACAUUAAAAUCACUAACACUGUCACAAGAACUGUUUCUACAUCGGAACCUACGUCUUCUGCUGGUACAGCGGCGUUACAGAAAAGCACUAGCUCUGCGCAGGUACAUCAGAAACUCCCACUUGCCUUCAAUUUGUCAUCUUCUGCUGUAGCAUCGCCCGGUUCAGUUGUGGUGGUGCCUUCAUCGCAUAUCGGUGGUACUGUCUCAAGCACGGUGUCUAAGACUUCUUUAUCAGGAGCUGUUACUGCCCUAUCAGGCUUGGGAAAGGUCAUGUUAGUGUCAAGCUCUGGGGUUCCUUUGCAAGUGUUGAAAGCUGUGCCUAUCAGUCAGAUACAAGGGAAAACUAUAAACACUUCUGUCCUGAGCACCCAGAAAAAUAUCAGGACUAUUCCGGUAGGCGUUCCCACUACGCAGACAAAUUCAGUAGGAGUAACUACGAUCGCAUUAAAUUCUCCUCAGCUUCCAAGUGUCUCCAUUCCUAAAGUUGCCAUCGCCAAUAUGGCUACGACCUCUGGUACAUUGACGAAUUCAAAUAAGGGUGGUCAAGUCAGUACUACAAGUGCGUCAUUACACUCCCCUGUUCUUCUAGUGCAACGCCAGGGGGCCGGAGGGGUCGUACCCUUGGCGAUGAAGGGAGGAACGAUCGUCGUACCUACACCUUCAGCAUCACAAAAAGUCGUGGUUAUCACCCCGUCAAGCUCAUUAACAUCAUCUACAACAAGCACAACACCGCUGUUAUCUGGAACAGGUAUUUCUGUGGUGGGAAAUACUCAGGUUGCACAGACUACUGUAGGGCAAAAGGUUGUUUUACCAGCAGGCGUCAUAUCAGCCACCCAGACUCUGUCGUCGCUGAAACCAGAAGCUAAUACUGUUUCAAACAGUAAACCCGUCUCCUCAGCGGGUAAAACUCCAACUCAGUCUAAUGCUUCUUCUCUACUUAAGGAUAGCAAUCCAUUGAAAACAAUAAAUUCGCCAGGCGUGGCACCGGCUGCAGCUGAAAAUGCUUCUUCAACUAAAAAAGUUACCCCAGAGUUUACAACUCCGAGUGAAAAGCUAACGAAAGCGGAUUCAGACCGCGUCAGUGAAAUGGUUACACAAACUGUAAAGUCAAAUUGUGAUGUUUCAGCUAGGUUAAUGAACAACCAGACAUUGCCAUCUACUUCGCACGACACUUCUAUAGAGCGCACUACAUCUCUAGAAACCAAUUUGGAGCAAAAUUUGACUUAUGAGGAUAAAUCUUUGCCAUCACAGAGCACGAAUUGUCAACGGGAAACCAUCGAUAGUGGUGAUACUAAUGAUAAAACUAAAACAGACUUCGUUGAAAAGGAGCAAGACUCUAAAAAUGGUUCCGAUCCCCUGGUUGAUCUCACAUGUUAUGAGACAAGUGUAACUGACUCCGCGGGAUGUAAGGAAAACAACGAUUCUGUCCCGAAUGGGCUUCAUCCAGAUCUGAAGAUAUCCCUUCCAACUAAACUCACAGACACUGACUUUAAACUGUGUAAUGGAGUUAAUCAAUCAGCGACUUCCGACUCAAAUUCCGAGAUUGAAGAACUUGACUCUGCAGAACAGAGUCAUUCAGUCGUUGAAAAAACUCCCAAUGGUGCCGUAACGAACGAAACUUAAUAGAAUGAUUGCGAUCGGAUGGAUGUGAGGAAAUCAAAUUCAUUUAGCUAAUCUUGUCUCCCUGAAAUGAUAUUCCAAGUGUUUGACUCACGUGGACUAUAAGCAGCUCCAUUGUUUUUUCUUUCCUUUUUAAAACAAAGAUCCAAACCCGUGUUUGUAAGGGUUCGUGUAAGUGUUUCGUUACAAUAACUCUAGAAUAUUUUGCGAAAAUUUUUUUUGAAAAAUGCGAUGGUAACUUGUACAAUAGGGUAACUUUCCAAGGGGCAAGACAACGGUUUAAAAUUUAGAGACCCUGAGGGACGUUCCUUUGAGGAAAUAAAUUACUGAGAGCGGAUGUGUGCGACCGUUUAGGUUUUUUUUACCGAUAUUAUUUAGCUUGCCUAGCGUUUUUUUCCUUGAUUUAAACUGAAAAGGCUUUUUGUGCCGGACUUACC